UAACUAGCGCGCAAGUAGAAAUAUUUUCGAUUGUUACAUAUGCUCUCAAUCUAGUUAUGAUUGGAAAUGGUGAAUGUGAAGAUCAAAUUUGCUCUAACGGAUCGUCAUUUUGGGAAUGUAGAGCAUAUCAAAGAACAGUCAAACGCGUGGACGGUGCAAACAAAUUGUGUAGUGAACUAUGCUUGAUGAUCCAGGAGCGUGCAGAACUAGAGAAAGCUUAUUCAUCUAAUCUCAAAAAGUGGUCUUCUCGCUGGCUCAGUUUUCUGGACUCGGGUCUAGAGUAUGGAACUGGAUCAUCUCCCUGGAGAGGAUUAUGUAAAGAAGCAGAGGCUAUAUCAAAUAUUCACCAAAAUGUACGCAAUAUCCUUCUGGAUGAAAUACAAACAGGUGUUAAGCACUGGCAAAAGGAACACUUUCACAAGAGUUCAUUACCACCACAAAAUUUAAAGGAAACAAAACAAUUUGAUCAAGAUUUCGAAAUGGCACAGAAAUUGUGGGCUAAACGUUUAAAGCGGGCGCAUUCCACCAAGAAAGAGUAUUAUCAGGCAUGUAAAACAGAAAGAUCGCUACAAGUUCAAGUUCAAAACGCAAAAAAUGACCCAAGUGGUACAGCUGAACAGCUUAAAAAGAUGCAAGAAAAGCUUGCAAAAGCUGAAAAAGAUGUUCAACGAACUCGUAACGCAUACAAAUUAGCAAUAGCUGAAUUGGAUACUGAAAGUGCUCGAUACGUCGAAGAGAUGACUAAAGUUUUUACUCGAACACAAGAGUUCGAAAGGGAGCGUCUUUGCUUUUUCAAGGAGACAUUUCAUAAUCUGCAUAAUGCUUUAAAUGUUUGUGCUAAAGCAGACUAUGACUCUAUCUACAAUGAAUUAGCACACAGUAUUUCACAGUGUGAUAUUGAAUCAGAUUUACAAUGGUGGUCAGUAAAUCAUGGGGUUGAUAUGCCUUUUGUUUUCCCACGUUUCGAGGAAUAUUCACCAGAGCUUGCAGCUAUGUCACAUAAGAAACGUGGAACAAUAAUUGACCAUGGCUCACCGGUAACUUUAACAAAUGUUACUAUGAUUAGCAGCCCAGUCGAGCGUCAUUCUAGUGUCACUGAGCACAAUGGUGCUAAAAUAGAUAAUGGUGUUAUUUCAUCGCCUAAUGGACCCCAAACUGUUAUACAUACACCUUUUGAUGAUAAAACUUCUAAGAUAUCAACACCACCACCGACGACAACAUCAGCUGAUGGUGAUGGAAAUGAUGAAGUACUCAGUUCAGGUGCUUGUGAUUCUGAAGUGAAUGAUGCAACGUAUGAUGAUGGUCGGCCAGGUGUAAAAGUACGCGCGCUAUAUGAUUAUGUUGGACAAGAGGAUGAUGAAAUCAGUUUUGUUGCAGGUGAUGUGUUUGAUAAACUUGAAGAAGCCGAUGAUCAAGGUUGGUGUAAAGGACGUAAAGAUGGUCGAGCUGGUUUAUAUCCUGCCAAUUAUGUUGAAGUGAUACAUAAAGAAGACCCUCAAUCUUUCUGAAGAAAAAACUAUUCAAAAUUAAUUCUUUCUAUGCCCUUCUUUUUUAUCUCUUUAUUUACGUCAUUUUGUUUUCUUUUCAUUUUCAAGUAUCUUUGUUGCAAUUCACAGUAUAUGCUCUUUAUAUUACUAUACUACUGUUUAUUCCAGCCAUACUAAUUAAUUGGAAGACACAGUAAUUCUAAAGCACCGGGAUUUUUCUCUUUCUUUAUCUUUUUAACGUACAUUUUUAUGCUGCAUAAUCAUCACAUGAAUGCUAAAUUCUUCUUCUCUACUGAAAUUUAAAGUAAGUGAGAUGAAUUAUGUCACAUGAAAUUAUUUCUUAUUAUGUGUAAAAUCCCCUUUUUCUUUUGCGGUUUGUUUCUUUUGCUUCCCGAGGGGUUGAGUAACACCCGUGUCCUGUUGUUCUGUUGAAUAUCACUUUCUUGUUUGUCUGCGUGUUUCUUGUUCAAAAAAGAACACAUUAAAAAAGCUCUUUGUUUUGUUUAUUUCUUGCUUAUUCAUUUCUAAUGAAACAGAUGGAAUACAGAAGAAGAAGAAACGGACCUUAUAUUUCUGUAAUAUUGUAGAAUAUUGUUGUUUUACCACCAAGCUUCUUAUUAGUUCACUUCACUUCACUUCAUCCUACUUCGCUUUCUUCUGAAUGGUGAUGAUUAUUUACCACUUUCAUAAUGGUAUCUUCUCUUCUUAUCCUACUUCUUCUUCUUCUUUUGUCACUUAACUUCAUUGUGUUAUUCAUUCAUUUAAUGCAUUUUCAUGUGUUGUAUCAGACAGACACAAUAGAGACAUUACAGUCUAGUUCUUCUAUUCUUUGCCAAUUAUCGGAGGAGGAAAUAAAAAAAAACAACCAAGCAAUAAUAUAUACAUAUAUAAGAAGAAACAAAAAGAAUUUCUAUACAUUUGGUUAACUGAUCUUGAUUAACGCCUAGUUUAUUCAUCAUUUGAUGCCUACUUAUGCAAUAGAGAGGUAGGAGUUCUCAUUAAAUGUGUAUAUUAAAAAAAAAGAAAAAAUUGUUUCCACUAUGAAUUCAUCUCUCUAUCUCUGAUCAUUUUUAAUUUCAUUUCAUUCUUUUGCGUUUGUACCUGUGUACUUGUGUUUGCGUGUGUGCAUGGCGGAAUUCCAAACCCACUUUCUUAUGUAACGUUACUUUCUCUUCCGCAGAGAGAGAUGUAUUUAAGCAAGCUCUUUUCUUUUAUGUUUUGCUGCUUAAAUCUUAUAUAUAUAUAUUUCAUUUAUUUGAACACUCUGCGAAUAUACAUAUUUAUGAAAAUACACAUACGUCUUUAACAUGUAA